AUGUUUCAAAGCCCAGCAUUUAGUUGCGAAGUAUGGUUCUUGAUCCUAGAGAACCUUGACCAGCCGUCACUCAAGGCUCUCGCUGAGGUGUCUAAGGAAAUGCACGAGCUGAGCACGCCCAUGCUAUACUCAAAGAUUGACCUCAGUAUUCACAAUCUUAUUGAUCAUGCUGGUCUACGACAUAGACAAGGCAUAACUCGAUGGCCGAUAGAUACCCAGAAAAUACUUAGCCAGCAGAAUUUGUUCAUGCAACAGGCCCUCGACCGACCGGAGCUGGCUUUACGAGUGCGCUCUUUUACAUGGACAAUGGGCUUACAGAAAAUAUGCGAGCUACCUAAAUGGGCUCCACAAAAUACUCCUAUUCACAAACCUGAGAAUAUCUACACACUAUUUCAAUCUCUACGCCAUGUCACCCACGUGGAUAUCAGCGGAGGAGAUUUCCAUGACUAUCCCUGCCCACCACCUCAACAUCUCUUUCCUAAGGCUACCGAUAUCCGCCUUAGUGGUCAAAUGCAUUAUGCCCUGGCUUCAGCUAUCCUCUAUGGGCCUAAAAAACCACAUCUACAAAGCCUAGCCCUAUGCAAUCUUCUCGAAAGAGGUCGUCUCAAGUCGGGCAGCAACUUUGAACCGCAAUAUGACCCUCGCUUUAAGCGUACGCCGAGACUAAUACCGCAGGAGGAAAUUUGGCCUGAGCACGAAAACCCUGUGCAGGUAGCGCCCGGCGAUAUGACCCGCCUUUUAGGCCCAACACUCCAGUCACGGUGUUCUCGUCUUCGUCAUUUCACGUUCGGAGUGCUUGAGCUCACACCGGAGCUUAGCCAUGCAAUACUUCCCCCUGGGUGGGCGUACACCCACAGGAGGUGGAAAUUGUCUAUUCUCACCUAUGUCCUGAGCGAAGAGAGGAACUCAAAUCUCUCUAUUGGAAGCCGCAUUGUCGCGUACGCCCUCGACUUCCGCCUGGUCCCCAACAGACACUCAUUCGAACCUUACUUGAGGGGUGGCCAGGGCUAG